AUGUCAACCGAUUUGCCCGCCGAAGUCAGCUUCCCGUUGGACAAGCAGAUGCUUCCCGUUCCCGGUUCCAAGCAGCCUGGUUUCUCCCCUAUCUACAAAUCCGCUGCUCAGCCCGAAUGGGAAACCACUUGCACCGUAUACGAUACUCUCCUUCGCGCCAAGGAGGAAAACCUCGAGGAACAAGUCGCUGGUUGGAGACCUUGGAAUCCCGUCACCAACAACUUUGAACCCUACUUUGAAUGGUAUACCCACCAGGAAAUCGAAGAGGAACGAACUGCCAUCGGUUCUGGCCUCGGCGCUCUUGCCAAGCAGGGUCUUCUCGGUAACCAUCUUGGCGAAACUGAAUGGACUGUUGCUAUUUGGACUUUGAACCGUCCAGAAUUCAUGAUCAUCGAUUAUGCCAAUUUGGCUUACAGCCGUCGUACCGUCUCGCUCUACGAGACCUACGAUGCUGCUUCCGCUCAGUACAUUUUCAACCAUGCCGAAACUCGCGUCCUCUUCACCACUCCUAAUCACGUUGGCGUUGCUCUUGCUGCCGCCCAGCAGGGGAAAUUGCCUUUGCUCAAGGCGAUUGUCAUCCUCGACGCUUUCCGUCCCAGCAAGCAAUCCCUCAAAGCUGGCUUCGUCGACCCGCAACGUGACGUGCUUGCUAAAGAAUGGGCCAAGACUUGCGAUAUCCAAAUCUUCAACUGGUUCCAAAUCCUCGAUCUCGGUCGUAAGAACCUUGCUGCCCACAUCCCUCCCAAGUAUGACAGCAUCCACUCCUUCUGCUACACUUCCGGCACCACCGGUAACCCUAAAGCGGCUAUCAUCACCGCCGGUAUGGGUGGUUACGUGACCACUACCAUGGCUUUCCACAAACGUGGCAAGUUCACCGUCAUCUCCUACCUCCCCACCGCUCAUAUCUAUGCUCGACUCUGCGAAAUCGUCGUUGUCCGCACCGGUGGUCGCGUCGGUUACUUUAACGGCGACACCACUCGUCUUCUCGAGGACAUGUCGAUUUUGAAACCCGAUAUGUUUCCUUCCGUUCCUCGCGUCCUCAACCGUAUCGCCGCUCUCGUUCAAGCUCAGGCUGCUGCUCCUGGUCUCAAAGCUGCUCUUCUUCGCAAGGCCUUGGCUACCAAGAUUGCCAACCACGACCGAGACGGAAGCCUAACUCACCCGCUCUACGAUCCUCUCGUCUUUAGCAAAGUCAAAGCCCUUCUGGGCGGUAAGGUGCAGUACAUCACUUCCGGCUCCGCCCCGAUCCGAGGUGAUGUUCUGAAACUCCUUCGAGUUUGUCUCUCUUGCGAUGUUCGCGAAGGUUAUGGCCAAACCGAAAACUACGGUUUCUGCACUGUCAUGUAUCCUAACGACAUCUCCAUGGGUUCCGUAGGUGCUGUCUAUCCAGGCAUGCAGUUGAAACUUGCCGAUGUACCUGAGCUGGGAUACACUUGCGAGGAUAAACCUUUCCCACGCGGUGAAGUUCUCGUGAAAUCCCAAUGUACCUUCCCUGGAUACUACAAGGAUCAAGAUAAAACCAAAGAGGCUCUUACAGACGAUGGAUUCUUGCGAACUGGCGAUAUUGCCGCCAUCGACGAGUUUAAUCGCGUCAAAAUCAUCGAUCGCGUUAAAUCUUUGCUCAAGCUCUCCCAGGGAGAGUAUGUUGCGAUUGACAAUCUCUCGGAAUUUUAUGGUCAAAACCCGCUCGCAGCUCAACUUUUGGUUCACGGCGACUCCUUCAGGGACUAUCUGAUUGGCAUUUCCGUUCCCGAACCAACCACAUUCGCACCGCUAGCAUCCAAGAUUCUCGGCAGCACCAUCACUCCUGAUAACCUCGAUGCGAUGCAAAAUGCCUGCAGGGAUCCCAAAGUUAUUGCUGCCUAUUUGGAUCAAUAUACAAAGAUUGCCCGGCAAAACAAGAUGAAAGGUUUCGAAUACAUCAAAGGCUUAUAUCUGACCAUGCAGCCCUUCUCGGUGGAAAAUGGUCUGUUGACUCCUACCUUCAAGGUCAAGAGACACGAAGCCGUGGAGCGUUUUAAAGAGCAGAUCCAACAGGUCUACGCACAGGGCCCCGCUCAGAUCAGCUCCCGUCCACCUAAGCUCUAA